AUGUCGCUCGACCCCCCGACCUAUCUGGCCUCGUUGCAGAGCAACAUCCGCCAGCGGCCGAUUCCUUGGGACGGGGCCGUUAGGGCAGGCACCCUGACCGAAGACCAAUACGCCAAGAUUCGCGCCGUCGACAAGGCCAAGAAGCCCGAGCAGAGGAGGGACAUCGUCGAGGCCGACAUGGACGCCUACCGCCUGCUGUUUGUCGGCGGCGACGGCAAGACCAGCGUCUUGGAGACGGCAGGAAAGCACCCCAAUGUGAUCCAGUAUAUCCUGGUGCUGCUGGCCGACCUUUUCGACGCUGUUCCCUCCCUGGCCAAGGCCCUCCUCAGCAAUCCCGACCCGUACCGGCAUUUCUUGCCAAUGCUCCGCUCCAACACCACCGAAGACCCCAUUCCGUUGCUCACAUCCCAUGCCCUGACAAACCUCAUGACUCUCGCACGAGACGACUCGAAAGCAACUCGCCAAGCUCUUCCCGUUAUGCUCACGUACUUGGCCGUCCUGGCCAAGAGCUCCGACGCCGGUCUUCAAGACAUUGCCGUCCAAGAGUACUCGGCCUUGCUCUUUAGCCAUGUCUCGCGGGACCAGUUCUGGAAGCAGAGAAGUGAGACGGUGACGCCUCUCAUCACCAUCCUCCAGACGGCUGCCGGUAUCGAGAACGGAGGCAACUCGUCGGCCAGCCUCUGGAGCGGCAACGCAAGUGUCCGCACAACAGGCUUCGAGGGUUUCCUCGGCGGAAGCGUGGGCUUGCAGCUUCUCUACCACGUGCUCCUGGUCAUCUGGCAGAUGAGUUUCGAGGCGGAAGAGAUCGGGGACGACCUAAACGACGAAUAUGACAUUGUGCUGCUGUACACCCAUCUCCUGCGCCUGUCACCCAAGGAGAAGACGACGCGACUGAUUCUGUCGACGCUGUAUAACCUGCUGGAGAAGAACCAAAAGACCCUCCUCCCCACGGCCGUCCUGGCUCGGCUCCCCGCCCUGCUGGAAAACCUCGGCAGCCGCCAUCUCACGGACCCCGACUUGCAGGGAGACCUCGAGAGCCUCAAGGAGCUGCUAGACGAGUACACCAAGACCAAGACGACGUUUGACGAGUACGUGGCCGAGGUGCAGUCUGGUCAUCUGCGCUGGUCGCCGCCGCACCGCAGCCAGGUGUUUUGGGCGGAGAACGCGCGCAAGAUUCUCGAGUUUGAGAAUGGAGAGAUUCCGAGGAAGCUGGCCGAGAUUAUGCAGAAGCCCUGGGACAAUGACAAGCAGGUGCUGGCGAUUGCGUGCAACGACAUUGGCUGCCUGGUGAAGGAGGUGCCGGAGAAGCGCUACCAGCUGGAGAAGGUGGGCCUCAAGAGGAGGGUCAUGGAGCUGAUGCAGUCGGACGACGAGAGCGUGCGGUGGGAAAGUUUGCGGGCACUCGGCGGAUGGCUCAAGUAUAGCUUUGAGCAAAACUAG